GUAUUCUCCACGAAGGUUAAUACACAUCUGCAUGCGCUCGAACCAAUUUUCGAAGCACUUAUUCCACUCGUUUGCUGGCAGAUCCAAAACGGCAUUUUUGAAUGCGUCAACUGCUUCUUCUAGUGACUGGAACCUUUGACCACGCAGUCUGUUUGUAAUUUUCGGGAAACUAAAGAAAUCCUGGCAAACAAAUGGUGGUAUACCAAUCCGCAGUAACAGUUCUUUGCUCAUUAAGAGGAAUUGUUGCAAUAUGACCCGCUUUUGAC